AUGAGGAUUUCUCUUACUAUUUUUUCAAAUAGCUAUAAACCAAAUCGCCUUCAAACUGAUAGUGAUAAAAAUAUUCAAGAUGAUCCACAUUCAAAAAUCAUAGAAAUUCUUCGUGAAUCGUCUGCAUCAAGUCCAUCACAAACAACUGAUUCUCAAGUUAAAUAUGCAAGACAAUUUAUGGAGGGUGAAUUGUAUUCACCACAAGAUUUAGACGAAGAAAGUUAUAAAACAAAACGUGUUGGAAGAUUUAUUAGGAAAACUCCAAAUGUAGAUGUUUUUACAAAGUUGAAUCUUGAUCCAUUAGUAGAAUAUAAAAAUUUUACAUUAUUAUCAAAUUUCGUUUCUGACAUGGGUAGAAUAUUACCAAGAUCAAUUACAGGAUUAAGUUCAAAACAUCAACGAAAAAUUGCAAAAGCAAUUAAGCGUGCAAGGUCAUUUGGCUUGAUACCAUCAACACACAGAAGACAUAUUAAUAAACCUGAUUUUAAAAAGAACUAA